AUGGAGGAAUCAAAAGUGCCUCACGUUGCGAUCAUUCCGAGUCCUGGAAUGGGUCACCUCAUCCCACUCGUGCAGUUUGCUAAACGACUCGUUCACCGCCACGGCGUAACCAUAACCUUUGUCGUCGUCGGCGAUGGUCCACCGACAAAAGCUCAGAGAACUGUCCUUGACUCUCUUCCUCCUUCUAUAUCCUCCGUCUUCCUCGCUCCCGCCGACCUCACCGACCUCCCUCCGACAACUCGCAUCGAAACUCGGAUCUCCCUCACCGUGACUCGUUCGAACCCGGAGCUCCGGCGAGUCUUUGACUCGUUCGCGGCGGAAGGUCGUUUGCCGACAGCGCUAUUUGUCGACCUUUUCGGCACGGACGCUUUCGACGUCGCCGCCGAGUUCAACGUGUUGCCGUAUAUUUUCUUCCCGACAACGGCAAACGUCUUGUCGUUUUUUCUUCAUUUCCCUAAACUUAAUGAAACGAUGUCGUGUCCUUUCAGCGAAUUAACCGAACUGGUUAAUCUCCCCGGAUGUGUACCGGUCUCCGGGAAAGAUGUUCUUGAUCCGGCUCAAGACCGGAAUGAUGACGCGUACAAAUGGCUUCUCCAUAACACCAAGAGGUACAAAGAAGCCGAAGGAAUUCUUGUGAAUACUUUUCUCGAGCUGGAGCCAAAUGCUAUAAAGGCCUUGCAAGAACCGGGUCUUGAUAAACCACCGGUUUAUCCAAUUGGACCAUUGGUUAACGUUGGUAAGCAAGAGAGUAGUAACGGGAUCGAAGAAGAGUCCGAAUGUUUAAAGUGGUUAGAUAACCAACCGCUCGGUUCGGUUUUGUAUGUGUCGUUUGGUAGUGGUGGUGCACUCACAUGCGAGCAGUUCGAUGAGCUUGCUCAUGGUCUUGCAGACAGCGAGCAACGGUUUCUUUGGGUCAUACGGAGUCCAAGUCAAAUAGCUGAUGCUUCGUUUUUCAAUCCGCAUAGCCAAAACGAUCCGUUAACAUUUUUACCACCAGGAUUUUUAGAACGGACUAAAGGUAGAGGUUUUGUGAUCCCUUCAUGGGCUCCACAAGCCCAAAUUCUAGCACAUCCAUCUACCGGAGGGUUUUUAACCCAUUGUGGAUGGAACUCAACUCUAGAAAGUAUAGUAAGUGGUGUUCCACUCAUAGCAUGGCCAUUAUACGCCGAACAGAGGAUGAAUGCGGUUUUGUUGGCAGAAGAUAUCCAUGUUGCACUUAGGGCGCAUGCAGGGGAGGAUGGGAUGGUGAGAAGAGAAGAGGUGGCUAGAGUGGUUAAGGGAUUAAUGGAAGGUGAAGAAGGCAAAGGUGUGAGGAACAAGAUGAAGGAAAUGAAGGAAGGAGCUAGUAGGGUGCUGAAUGAUACUGGGACUUCUACAAAGGCACUUAAUCUUGUGACAUUUAAGUGGAAAGCCCACCAAAGAGAGCUAAAGCAAAAUGGCAACCACUGA